AAUCGGAUACUUCAAACAUUAUACGAUUAAACUUGCAACAACGUCCGGAUUUAUAAAACUGGAAAUAUUUUGAUUUGUCAUUGUCAUUACGGGGAAUCCACGAACAUCCAGAGGAAGAUUUAAAAUUGAAAACAUUUAAUGCUCACUAAUGAUUCAAACUGCUUAUCAGUGUUCGAAAUACGAAAUGUCUUUUUAAUGGAUUAGUGAUUUAGAAAUCAAUAAAAUCCCAUCGCGACGCCCUAUUCUAGUUUUAUUCUACUUUGCCAACGAUCACGAUAAUGAUGACGAUGACCUGAAUAACUUCACAAUGCCGCAAAAGAAAACAAAAUUUUUGUUGUAUAUCACGAAUAAUUUCAAAAGAUUUUUAAUUUGUUUUGGUUCUUCCAGGUUACCGCUCUCAUCCACCACCAUGCAAAAAACCACCUUCCAGCUCCUCGCCGUCCUCUUCCUUCACACCACCAAAGCCACGUUCAACCACCCUCACCGCGACCGCUCCUCCGAUUCCACCCUCAACGAAACAGCUCCCGACUUCGACUAUCUAAUGCGAGACAAACGCGACUGGGACAACGACAGCUUCAUCUACUACAAUGACACUACCAACGGGACCUUCUCCGAAGAGGAGUUCAUCGACAGUCUGUGGGAGUUCAUAGCACCCAAAAGCUGGACCUGGAUCUUGAUAAUUUUUCACACCCUGGUGUUCGUGAUCGGGAUUAUCGGCAACAUUCUGGUGUGCGUGGCCGUGUACAGGAACCAUACGAUGCGAACUGUCACAAACUACUUCAUUGUGAACCUGGCCGUGGCUGACUUUUUGGUGAUCUUGUUCUGUUUACCGCCGUCAGUGGUGUGGGAUGUGACCAUCACGUGGUUCUUCGGGGUGGCGAUGUGCAAGAUCGUGCUGUACUUUCAGAGCGUAUCUGUGACGGUAUCCGUAUUAACGUUGACUUUCAUAUCAAUUGAUCGAUGGUAUGCCAUCUGCUUCCCUUUGAAGUUCAAGUCCACCACCGGGAGGGCCAAAACCGCCAUCGCGAUCAUCUGGAUCGUCGCACUGGCGUGUGACAUUCCGGAGAUGAUAUACGUGACGACCAUUCCCAGAGUAGACGAAGUAGACACAGUCUUGUUGACACAGUGCGCGCCGACCUGGUCCGUGGAAACUGACACGAUAUUCUUCAUUUCGAAAAUGGUCAUGUUCUAUCUGAUUCCUCUGCUCUUCAUGUCAGUAGCUUAUCUGCAAAUAAUACGAGUGCUGUGGAAAUCAGGCAACGUACCCCAUCAGAUUAUGGAUGCGAGUGGCGGCGGCGGCGGCAGACAGGUGAACACGUUUGCCAUGAACAUGAACGCCAGCACCGAAGGGCAGCUUCGUUCGAGACGGAAAGCCGCUAAGAUGCUCGUAGCUGUCGUGGUCAUGUUUGCUAUCUGCUAUUUUCCCGUACAUUUGCUCUCUAUCUUAAGGAAAACCGUCGGACUGAAGAACUCGGAUGGCAACAGGGCGUUCUCAUUGAUAUCCCAUUGGCUGUGCUAUGCCAACAGUGCUGUGAAUCCCAUCAUCUACAACUUCAUGAGCGGCAAAUUCCGAAAAGAAUUCCACCGCGCUUUCGAGCACUGUUGCCAACGUUCGGGUGGUCAUGGAUUCCAGUUUAGCGCAGUGUAUCGAAAAACCGACAAGGACUCUGGAAUCGCCUCACGCUCACACUCGAGGACCGAUCUGGAGAUACAGCGGGUGAACGAUUUCGAACCGAGACACAACAGGAAGGGAACUAAGACGAGCAUGUUGUUGAUGGAAACCUAAAUAUAUUACAAAGCUAUAAGUUAAUGUGUUAAAUCGUAGAGGGUCUCCCAAUUUUUUUUUUUUUUUUGAGAGGACAAUCACGGCAGACGCUCUAUGUUACGUAUACUGAAUGUACCAAUUCAACAGUACGGUAACUGUGAUGUACAAUUGUAAAUUUCACGUUAUAACGUUUCUCCUUGUCCCGAUGUCGUGGAGUUCAAUGUGCUCCCGAUGAAUGUUCUUACUUUAACUCUUAUGGGGAAUGAUAAACGCUGAAACUUGUAAAUUAAUGUUGACCAAGAUGUUUUAUGUAGUACAAUGUCAA